UGACCUUAUACACAAGGUUAAAAGGCAAACAUCCUCUGGGGUGAGCUUGGCUCAGCUCAGGAAGGAAGCUCUACCUGAGAAGGCUGCAGCCUAGGCUGUCACUUCAUUCAGCCCAGCAUCUGAUCACUUCUUCUGUCACUCAGGACCUGAAGGGGCGGGCCUUAAACAUUAUCCAAUCAGGGACUCUGAGCUUGAGGUAGCUCAAUCAGACACGCAGCUGGAGCGGACAGGACGGCGUCCGGGUUUGGCUGGGCCUUUGCCUCUCCCUGCAGCGGGAGUUCCAGGUCUCGUCAUCACUGCUGUGUCCUUUUCUUCUAGAGGCUCAUCCUGUGUGGCCCUGUGACCUGCAGAUAUUUGGAGAUCCACAGCUAAGAUGCCAGGAAGCCCUGGAAUUCUAGACAUGGGACCAUUGACAUUUAUGGAUGUGGCCAUAGAAUUCUCUCUGGAGGAGUGGCAAUGCCUGGACACAGCACAGCAGAAUUUAUAUAGAAAUGUGAUGUUAGAAAACUACAGAAACUUUGUCUUCCUGGGUAUUGCUGUGUCUAAUUUAGACCUGAUCACCUGUCUGGAGCAAGGAAAAGAGCCCUGGAAUAUGAAGAGACAUGAGAUGGUGGCCAAACCCCCAGUUAUAUAUUCUGAUUUUGCCAAAGACCUUUGGCCUGAGCAAGAUAUAAAAAAUACUUUCCAACAAGUAAUUCUGACAAGAUACGGAAAAUGUGGCCAUCAGAAUUUACAGUUAAGGAAAAGCUGUAAAAGUGUGGACGAGUGUAAGGUGCACAAAGGAGGUCAUCAUAACGGACUCAACCAGGGUGCGACAGCCACCCAGAGCAAAACAGCUUAUUAUGAGAAAUGUGUGCAAGUCUUUCAUAAAUAUUCAAAUUCAAAGAGACGUAAGAUGAGACAUACUGGAAAAAAUCAUUUCAGAUGCAAAAAAUGUGGCAAAUCAUUUUGUGUGCUUUCACAGCUAUCACAACAUGAGGUAAGUCAUGCUGGAGAGAAACCCUACAAAUGUGAAGAAUGUGGCAAAGCUUUUAAAAAGUCCUCAACCCUUACUAAUCAUAAGAUAAUUCAUACUGGACAGAAGCCCUACAAAUGUGAUGAAUGUGGAAAAGCUUUUAACCAGUCCUCAACUCUUACUAGACAUAAGAUAAUUCAUACUGGAGAGAAACUCUACAAAUGUGAAGAAUGUGGCAAAGCCUUUAACCGGUCCUCAAACCUUUCUAAACAUAAGAUAAUUCAUACUGGAGAGAAACCUUACAAAUGUGAAGAAUGUGGCAAAGCUUUUAAACAGUCCUCAAACCUUACUAAUCAUAAGAAAAUUCAUACUGGAGAGAAACCCUACAAAUGUGAAGAAUGUGGCAAAGCCUUUACCCUAUCUUCACACCUUACUACACAUAAGAGAAUUCACACUGGAGAGAAACCCUACAAAUGUGAAGAAUGUGGCAAAGCCUUUAGUGUAUUCUCAACCCUUAGUAAACAUAAGAUAAUUCAUACUGAAGAGAAACCCUACAAAUGUGAAGAAUGUGGCAGAGCUUUUAACCGGUCCUCACACCUUACUAAUCAUAAGGUAAUUCAUACUGGAGAGAAACCCUACAAAUGUGAAGAAUGUGGUAAAGCCUUUACCAAGUCCUCAACUCUUACUUACCAUAAGGUAAUUCAUACUGGAAGGAAACCCUACAAAUGUGAAGAAUGUGGCAAAGCCUUUAGUAUAUUCUCAAUCCUUACUAAACAUAAGGUAAUUCAUACUGAGAAGAAACCCUACAAAUGUGAAGAAUGUGGCAAAACUUUUAACUACUCCUCAAAUUUUACUAAUCAUAAAAAAAUUCAUACUGGAGAGAAACCCUAUAAAUGUGAAGAAUGUGGUAAAGACUUUAUUCUGUCCUCUCACCUUACUACACAUAAGAUGAUUCAUACUGGGGAGAGACCCUACAAAUGUAAAGAAUGUGGCAAAGCCUUUAACCAGUCCUCAACUCUUAUGAAACAUAAGAUAAUUCAUACUGGCGAGAAACCCUACAAAUGUGAAGAAUGUGGCAAAGCCUUUAACCAGUCCCCAAACCUUACUAAACAUAAGAGAAUUCACACCAAAGAGAACCCCUACAAGUGUAAAUAAUGUGUUAAAGCAUUUAAUGUAUUUUCCACUUUUAUUAAAACACAAGAUAAUUCAUACUGGAGAGAACCCCUAUAAAUGUGAUAAAUGUGGCAAAGCCUUUAACCAGCUCUUAAUCCUUACUGAACAUAACAUAAUUCAUACUAGAGAGAAACCAGCAAACGUAAAGAAUGUGCAAGCAUUUAACUGAUCCUCAAAUCUUACUAAACAGAAAAUGUAUACUGGAGAGAAGCUACAAACCUGGAAGACAUCAGUAAUUUUGACAACACCUCAAACUUCUAAACAUGAAAGAAAUCGUACUGGCGAGAAACUUUAAAAAUGUAAAAAAUGUGACAAAACCUUUAAAUGAUUGUCACACUUGAUUGUAGGUAAGAUCAUUCUUACUAGAAAAACUCUUACAAGUGUUUUUUUUUUUUUGAGACAGAGUUUUGCUCUUUCACCCAGGCUGGAGUGCACUGGCAUGAUCAUUGGCUCACUGCAAUCUCCACCUUCCAGUUUCAAGUGAUUCUCCUGCCUCAGCCGCUAAAGUAGCUGGGAUUACAGGCACGCGCCACCACCACUGCCCUCUACCCCGCUAAGUUUUGUUAUUUUCAAUAGAGACAGGAUUUCACCAUGCUGGCCAGGCUGCUCUUGACCUCGUGAUCUGCCCGACUCAGCCUUCAGAAGUGCUGGGAUUACAGGCAUGAGCCUCUGCGUUCAGCCAAAAUUUUUAAUGAGUACUCACACCUUAUUGCCAGGAAAGCAUCUAUACUUAAUAAAAAUUAUACAAAUGUAAAGACUGUGAAAAAGCCAUUAAUAUCUGCUCACACCUUACUCAACUUCAGAGUACUUAAUAAAAGCAUUGUAAAUUCAAUAACUGUCAAAAUAUCUUUCAGAAAAUAUAAGCUUUUAAAGUAAAGAAGAAUAUUUAUUUUGGGCCAGGCACGGUGGCUCAUGUCUGUAAUCCCAGCACUUUGGGAGGCCGAGGUGGGAGGAUCAUGAGGUCAGGAGUUCGAGACCAGCCUGGCCAACACAGUGGAAUCCCAUCUCUACUAAAAAUACAAAAUUAGCCUGGCAUGGGUGGCAGGCACCUGUAGUCCCAGCUACUCAGGAGGCUUGGGCAGGAGAAUUGUUUGAACCCGGGAAGUAGAGAUUGCAGUGAGCCAGGAUUUUGCCAUUGCAUUCCAACUUGGCAACAAGAGCACUCUGUCUCAAAAAAAAAGAA